GUGCUCCUAAUGAUGAAAGCACUGUGGAACAGAAGCGUUCUUAUGAACAGUGGGAGAGGUCCAACCGAAUGUGCCUCAUGGUGAUUAAGAAUUCCAUAUCUGUAGCCAUUCGCGGAGCCAUUCCUGACUCUGAAAAUGCGAAGACCUACCUAGAAUAUGUGGAAGAACAAUUUAAGGGCACUUCUAAAGCACAUGCCAGUACCCUAAUUCUCAAAAUGUUGACGAGUAAGUAUGAUGGAGUAAGUGGUAUUCGUGAGCACAUCAUGAAAAUGUCUGAUAUGUCUAACAAGCUCAAAAGUAUGGACAUGGAGAUCAGUGAAGGUUUCCUCGUUCAUUUCAUAAUGACUUCUCUACCUGCGUCUUAUGGUCCAUUCAAGAUCAAUUACAACACGCAGAAAGAGAAGUGGACAAUGAGCGAGUUGAUUGCUAUGUGUGUUCAAGAAGAAGAGCGCCUUAAAGCUGAAAGACCAGAUGUUGCUCAUCUCACCACCACAAACUCAAAGAAAAGGAAAGGCAUCCGUCAAGGAGGAGGAAAAGGUAACAUUUCUAAGGUCCCAAAGAUAGGUGCAAGCGUGAACUCUGGUCCCUACUGUAAGUUUUGCCGUUUCAAAGGGCAUUACCAGAGGGAGUGUCCUAAGUUUAAGGCAUGGUUGACUAAGAAAGGGAUUCCAUUCAAUCCGGACAUUGGGAAGAAAGCAAAGAGUGAUUAAGGUGGGCAACGGAGAAGAAUUAGAAGUGGAGGCCAUUGGAACUAUCUCAUUAAUUUUAGAGAAUGGCUUCAUUCUUCAUCUUCGUGAUGCUCUUUAUGUACCUAAUAUUACUCGUAAUUUAGUGUCUGUAUCGAAACUAAGUGCUGAUGGUUUUACAUUUAAUUUCGUAUACAAUAAAGUGACAAUAAGCUUGAACUCAAAUGUAAUAGGAUUUGGUAGCAUGGAGGGAAACCUCUAUAAGUUAUGCUUAGACACUAAUUUUAUGGAAUCCCCAUUGUCAU